AUGAAGCGGCCAACCUUAACGAGCCCUGGUCGCCUGAAGCAGGCAAGAGUCGAUCAGCCGCCCAGGUCUUCACGAAGCACCUCGGCUGAAUGUGGUAAUGCUAAAGAAGAGUGGGAUGGCCUGCCCUCACAAGAUCUCGCAGACUGGCCAGUGGUCAAAUUCGAGGGUGGCGACGAGUACUCUAUGGGCUGGAACGAACGGACCGAUUGCAAAAUCGAGGGCGGCGAAGAGAACUUCGAGGACGGAGAGGAGCCCGCUACGGGAUGGAAAGACCACUUCUGGGACGAGGAGGAGUCUGCCAUGAAGAAUAUGGAGACCGCCAGCGUCGCCAGCGUCCAUAGCGCUCCAACAAUGAACAAGACUAAGGAGGACCUGACGGCCGCAGACAUCAUCGCACGCGUCAAGUGUGGCCACUUCGAGACUCUAGCAGAGCACAUGCAAAGCACGAUGGGAAUUACAGACGAGGUGUGGCAAAAGCUGGGUCCCAGGGAUGCCGUCAACAAGUUUCUUGAGCGUUACUGCAACUCCCAAGAACGCUUGCACCACUUCGAGCACAGACGCGAGGGCCGUGGCUGGGUUGCCACUUUGGUCAUGCCCGGAUUUCAUGGCCGCCGAUUCGGUGGCUUCUCAGAAGGCGCCUCCUCUACCAUCGCGAAGCGGUCUGCCGAGAAAGCAGCGUGCGCUGCCUUCAAAGCAGAUGCUGAGGUGAACGAGGUAAGGGCAGGGCUCCUGCCCUCAAUGGACCAAAUUCGCAGGUUUUUCAUGCUCACUACGGCCCAAAGGAUGGAGCUGAGCAAACUCGGGUUUGAUCCAGGAACUGUCCAAACGGACAUAACGAAAUCGAUUUACAACGGCUUCCGCAAGUUUGGUGGUCGCACAUCCUUCUGGGAUGGCAAUCCUACCGAGCAAGAUGAGCUGAGCCAAGUUACCACAAGAGAGGAGGCCUUGGACGACUUUUACCCCAUCCAAGACACACGCUGUCUGUGUGUAUGUGGCCAAGAUUCCAAGGUGGAUUUGCAAGACGAAGGCGCAGUUCAAGCGAAACAUGAAUUCCCACAUGAUGAGCAAGCGCACAAUCCAGUCCUCGAUGCGAAGUCAGAUGCAGCACAAGAGCUUCGCAGAGGACUCCGGCAUCUCACUGAGGAAGAGCAGCGCAAGCUGCUGAGAGAGCCAGCAGUGCUUCUGAAGGAAAUUGGCAUGAAAGCCUUCACGGCCUACGAUCCGAAAAUCUCUGACGCAAGGAAGAUAGUUCACACAUUUUUCUCGAGAUAUCGACAGACCGAAGCAGCUGACCAUUAUUUCGAGACCCAUACAAUCCGCGAGGGUAGAAGCUGGAGAUUUACAUCAACGCUGGUAACACCUUCCUUCUACCCGAGCAGAUUUUUGGGCAAUCAAAUGUCCUUGCGUCCCAUGGCAGAAGACUCCGCAUGCGAGACGUUCAUAAGAGAUGCACGAGCUCGAGAGGUCGCUAGCAAGCUUCCACCGCCUACUAGGAACAUCAAAAGAUAUGUUGCAAGCAUGUUCAACAACGAAUGGAAGCAAGACAUGAUCCGAAGGGGCGUCAACCCGAAGCUCGUUCAGCAAGAAGUUGUCCAAGAGCUCUCCGAGCGCUUCAAGUCUCAGGGUUGCAGGUUGGCGCUGUGGGAUGGCAACGCCUGA